UAAUUGUAUUUGUGAUGUGACCUAACACGGCUUGGCAAGUAAUGGCCCUGACAGAACAAACCGAAUAAAGAUCUGACUAAUCUCAUAUAAUUUCAUUUAUAGAAAGUGGAUAGUAAUAUAGGUUCGUCUGCAGAAUAGAUUAUUUUGUGCGACAAAAAGCGAUCAUCGAUUGGAUCGCUUUCUCAAAACUCUUUCAAAUAUAUAAAAAUACGCUAACAUGAGUUACAGAGAUACGUAUUCGCUCUAUCCGAGAACACAUUCCUACAGUGCUGCUAAUGAACAACGUGUAGGAAGCUACUUAAGGACAUUAAGGAGUUAUGGGGCAUCCCCAUCUUCGGUGCUGGAUUCAAUUCCAUCAUACCGAUCAAGAGUGUUUACUGAUGUCGCUUACACUUCAACACCAGAUGUCAAUGAAGUUUAUCCUGGGCUCUAUGUUGGUGACGCUGUUGCUGCCAAAGACAAAGCUUUUUUAAAAAGGAUGGGUAUCACAUAUGUUUUGAAUACAGCGGAGGGCAAACGCUACACACAAGUUGAUACAGAUCACUUGUAUUAUCGUGAUUGUCCCGGACUCCGUUACAAAGGCUUCCAGCUUAUGGAUCUUCCAACAACAGAUAUAUCUAAAUACUUUCAUAUUGCUGCUAAUUUUAUUGAUGAAGGACUUUCAAGAGGUGGUAAGGUACUGGUUCAUUGUUUAAUGGGAGUGUCACGUUCGGCGACUUGCGCACUUGCUUUUCUGAUGAUUAAGCGUGGCAUGUCUCUCACAGAGGCUCUUGCCUUGGUCCGCUCUCGACGAGACAUCCACCCUAAUGAGGGUUUCCUUCGUCAGCUGCAACAGCUGGACAAGGAACUGCGGGUGUCUCGGAUCCGCUGACAAUUAAAUUCUUAUCAACCCUUCAGUAUGCCUUACGAUUAUAGAGAGCGGCGACAUCGCGUCCGCAGUCUCGAUCGAGCUUACACCAAUCCGUAUUUAGAUUAAAUGUCUAAAUUCAUAAAUCACUGAAGGUUGAUAAUAUACGUAUUUCCCCGAAUCUAAGGUGAAGAUAGACAGGUAAUUGAUAAAAUUAUUUGACGAAAGUUUUAUUUUUUAAGACUUUUUCUUCUUUGAAUAGUUUAAUAUAAAUGUUUUUUGGAUAUAGGGUAUAAAUAUGAUUGCUAGGUAUCAUAAAAAAUUGUAAUUUGCAAAUAUUUCUAUAAAUGUUAAAAACAUCGAAUAUAUUAGUCACUUGUUAUUUAAAAUAUUGUUUCUCCUGUGCCAUUUGUAUAUAUGUUAGAUUGAUAAAAUCUCAUCAAUAUUAGAUAAAAAAUAAGAAAUCAAAGAUAUAUGUUAUGUAUUGUUAAAAAUAAGUGUCUGAAUUUAACAGUACAAUUCUAUAGCCUUAUCAUAAGUCAUGAGAUGACACUAUAUUCUUGCUAUAUUUAGACAUAGUAAGAUAUCACGAAAAAUCUAUAAAGUUAUAUUACUCUACUCAUUCAUAUAUCACUAAUAGAAAAUAUAUAUUUAUAUUAUCUUGUAUGAAUGUAGUUAUAAUUUAAAUUUCGGGUGACAUGCUGUGAUCUUGGAUUAUUAAAGUUGUUUCUUUGUAAGGCUGCUGUAUAUGUCAGUAAUAUUCUUGUAUUUCUUAUACAAGAAUCACAAAAGAUCAGUUCAAACAAAGUAACUGAUUUUGUGCAUUAUGACAAUGACAGUCAUCAGUCAUCACAAGAAAUAGACUAGAUUGUCAUAGACAAUACAUUGUCAAUGAGUAAAUAUAGGGCACUGCGUGCGUAUUUAUAA